AUGCCCGCCCUGCAUAUCACCCUCCUCGCCCUCCUAGGCACCGCCCUCGCCUUCUCCUUCAUCCAACUCGGCCUGCUGGCCCACGCCAUCUCGAUCCUCAACCAGGUCGUCGAGGUGCCCGUCUACGACUACGGGUUCGGCUUCACCUACGAGACCACCAAGAUCGGCACGCCCGCCAUCAUCGCCUUCCUGAUGUUCGCCGCCGUCUGGUCCAUCCUCGUCUCUGCUGCUGCGUUGGGUCUGCCAUUGUUCUUUCACUCAAAGGGGCAGCAUGCGUGUAAUGCGUGGUUGGCGCCCGCCCUUAUUGCUGUCUACUUCGUUACCUGGGUCUUUUGGCUGGCUGGGUUUGCGGACCUGGCUGCCGUUGUGGGCGAUUCCCUUGUUGGGUCGCCGUAUAUUGAUGCGAUUAUUGCGUUUGGCGUGUUGUUAUGGCUCAUCUUCGUCGCGCUUUUCGUCCUGAGUUUCCUUGCUGUCUUUGAUGUCCUCAAGGCUGAAUGGCCUGGAUACUUGCCGCUGCGGUCUCGCACGACUGCUGCUGCUGCUGAUACUGUCCCCGCUACGUCUGCGUCUGCGCCCGCCGCCUCUGCUGACCCGGCUGCCCAAGAGCAGAAGGUGGAGGCCGGGCAAGAGAGUUCUGCUUAA